UGGACCCUAGUACAAAAACCACCUCUUGUCUCGCGCAUUCCCUCUUUCUCGCUCGCUCGCUUGAGUCGCUUUCUAUCAUCUGUCUACUCCUUCUCAAAAGUACAGGCAGCACAAGCUCGAAGCGAAACCCUAGCUCUCCCAGCCAACAAUGAACUGCUCAAUCUCCGGCGAGGUGCCGGAAGAGCCGGUGGUCUCCAAGAAAUCUGGGCUGCUCUACGAGAAGCGCUUAAUUGAGAGGCACAUCUCGGAUUUUGGAAAAUGCCCCAUUACGGGGGAACUGCUGACACUGGAUGAUAUUGUUCCUAUCAAGACAGGCAAGAUAGUGAAGCCCAGACCUCUACAGGCUGCGAGCAUCCCUGGCAUGCUUGGAAUGUUUCAGAAUGAAUGGGAUGGUUUGAUGCUAUCCAAUUUUGCAUUGGAACAACAACUACAUACAGCAAGGCAAGAGCUAAGUCAUGCUCUGUACCAGCAUGAUGCUGCUUGCCGUGUGAUUGCAAGACUUAAAAAAGAAAGGGAUGAAGCAAGAUCAUUACUUGCUCAGGCCGAAAGGCAGAUACCCAUGCCUGGAUCAGCAGCAGUUACAGCAAAUGCUCCUGCACUUAGCAAUGGGAAAAGAGCUGCUGAGGAUGAGGAGUUGGGCCCCGGUGGAAAGAGAAUACGUCCUGGAAUAUCUGCUGGCAUUAUUGCUGAGCUAACUGAUUGUAAUGCAUCUCUCUCACAGCAGCGGAAAAAGCGGCAGAUACCUCCAACAGUGGCUACUCUUGAUGAUCUUGAGAGAUAUACUCAGAUUUCUAGUCACCCCCUUCACAAAACAAGCAAACCUGGCAUUGUAUCUCUUGAUAUCCAUUAUGACAAGGACAUAAUUGCAACGGGAGGGCUUGACACAAACGCUGUACUUUUUGAUCGACCAUCAGGACAGAUCUUAUCUACGCUCAGUGGUCAUUCCAAAAAGGUCACAAGUCUAAAAUUUGUUGCUCGGGGCGAUUUAUUCUUAACUGGCUCAGCAGAUAAGACUGUUCGCUUGUGGCAAGAGUCUGAUGAUGGGAACUAUAACUGUAGACACAUUUUGAAGGAUCAUACUGCUGAGGUGCAAGCAAUUACUGUCCAUGCUACGAAUAACUACUUUGUGACUGCUUCUCUUGAUAGCACAUGGUGCUUUUACGAACUUUCCUCUGGAUUAUGUCUAACACAGGUUGUGGAUGCUGCAGAUUCUAAUGGCUAUACUUCUGCGGCAUUUCAUCCUGAUGGUCUAAUCCUUGGAACAGGCACUUCAGAGGCUGUGGUUAAAAUUUGGGAUGUGAAAAGUCAGGCAAAUGUUGCAAGAUUUGAUGGACAUGUUGGGGCUGUAACUUCCAUAUCUUUCUCUGAAAAUGGCUAUUUCCUUGCAACUGCUGCUCAUGAUGGUGUUAAGCUUUGGGAUUUACGCAAAUUGAGGAACUUCCGGACAUUUUCCCCGUAUGAUUCAGAUACCCCGACAAACUCUGUGGAGUUUGAUAAUAGUGGAUGUUACCUUGCAAUUGCUGGGUCGGAUACAAGAGUUUACCAAGUUGCAAAUGUUAAAUCAGAAUGGAGUUGUAUCAAAACUUUUCCUGAUUUGUCUGGCACAGGUAAAGCAACUUGUGCAAAAUUUGGUACGGAUGCAAAAUAUGUGGCAGUAGGAUCAAUGGACAGAAACCUUCGUAUUUUCGGUUUGCCCGGUGAGGAUGGUCCAUUAGAAUCAUAGAGCACGCAAGUGGGACUAGGUUGCUGCUGCUGUAGUGCUACUUGUAUUUAUUGACUGAAGAAGUGAAUGGUUAGAUUCUUUAAUUAUAUGGUGUAGGCGCUAUUCCCAGAUUCCUCUCCAUCACUGAGCAUAUUAUGCAUCAUUGUUGUGAGGUGCAGUGUCAACUGAGCUGGAAACAAUCAUAAUUCUAAGCACAUGCCGGAUCUCAUGUAUCAUUACUAUUUCAAAUUUUCGUAACGAGAUUUUGCCCUUCGAGAAUAGCUUUUUCAGUUGGUCGAAGUUCUUCACCUUAUAUCCUUUUGUAUGAUCGAAUGUGGCUGGCUGACGUGGCAUUUUUUUUCCUCUUCUUCUUCUUGUUUCAAAACUAUCAGAGAUCACUCUUUUGGUGUAA